GCCCGGGCGCCUCACUCGGCGCGGCCCGGGUCAGCUUGACCAAGUUCGCGUCCCUCAGGGUCCCGCUGGCUCUGCCCCUCUGCUGAAGACGCCGCCGUCCUUACCCCACCCCUGCGCAUACGCGGUGCUGAGCCCACAGUUGCCCGACAAAGAGUGACAUUCAAAGCCGGAGUCAUGGCAGCGACCGAGGCGAGUUUGGCGGCUGCUGCGAUCCCCGCGCCACCACUGGACCAACAGGAUGGAGUUGGCCGGAGGUCAGUCCCGGAACCCAGCCGUGCGGGCUCCUCGUCGACUCCUGAGGCCCCACCGCCUGCCCUCGAAUCCUCCAGCCCCGACGCCGCGAACCCCGAAAUGACUCCGCCACCUCCCGCGGCGGCCUCCGCGGCCCUGGAACUGCCCCUCGCGCCCGCACUGCCGGGCCCAGCGCCGCUUGCCGAAGCCGCCCCGCGCUCGCUCCUGGGCUUCGGCGGCUCCCGGCCGGGCCCCGAGACGUUCCGCCAACGUUUCCGCCAGUUCCGCUACCAGGACGCGGCUGGCCCGCGGGAGGCGUUCCGGCAGCUGCGGGAACUCUCCCGUCAAUGGCUGCGACCUGACAUCCGCACGAAGGAGCAGAUCGUGGAGAUGCUGGUGCAGGAGCAGCUGCUCGCCAUCUUGCCGGAGGCGGCGCGAGCCCGGCGCCUUCGCCGCCGCACCGAUGUGCGCAUCACCGGCUGAGCUGCCGGCGGCCGGGCCGGGCGCUUCCUGGACUGGAGCCAAGAUUGUCUGUGGAGGGGUUGAACCUGGUUCCCCACUCCGCGUUUAUUGAAAACGAGUUGUGGUGAUUCUGGCAGUCUGUUCUCUCUCUUCCGUUCGUCCUUUCCUGAGUUGUUUUUCCCGAGCCUGUUUCCAGCCUACUUUCUGGCUCAUGGCGAAAUUGAGAAUAAAACCUUUGUUUGCUAUG